CAGAAUAUGUCUAAAACAAGUCCAAUUAAAGAUGCUAAAAGGCAAUUGAGAGUGCUAGUAAAGAAGAAGCUCUCUUUUCUAAGCAAUGAGAUCAUUGAAGCACAAUCCAGGAAUGUAACGAACACCGUCUUGAGACUUCCUCAAAUUAGCAACGCCAAAAAGAUUGCCCUUUAUAUGAAUAUGCCCAAUCUGGAGAUACAAACAUUGAAACUAAUAGAAGAGUGCUUUAAACAGGGUAAGCAAGUCUACCUUCCAAAGUGUAAUGUUGCUCCUCUUGAAGGACGGAAAAAGAAUUACUUGUCAAUGCUAAGAAUGCAGACUUUUGAAGACGUGCUUCAGUUGCAGCCACAAGGGAAAUAUCAACUAUUAGAGCCACUAGAAGGGGAAGAUGUUAUGGAGACUGGAGGUCUUGAUUUGAUAAUUAUUCCAGGAGUCGCUUUCACUAGAGCUAAGAAGAGAUUAGGACAUGGUGCUGGUUUCUACGAUGAAUUUUUGAAUGUUUAUUACAAAAAACAUGGAAUAAAACCUCACCUAUUGGGCGUAGGCUUACACGAACAGUUGGUUGAUGAUAUUCCCAAAGAAGAUCAUGAUUGGGAUUUGAAUUCGUUAGUUAUAGAAGGACAUGCCCCCUUUUAGCAACGCUAUGUAAAUAAAUAUAACAAUCUUAUAAAUAAAUAAGUUAAUAAAUAGUCGCCUACCCUGUAAUGCACUGAUACUGAGAGAUUCUAGAUUCAAGUAGAGCCUAAUUAUUUAGUCCUUUGAUAAAACACCAACAAGACAAUUUUCUAGCAUUCGGUCUGCGUUCACCCAACUAUGAUACUUAUUGAAUAAAGCAGUUCCAUCCCUGCCGGCACACUUCAUUAUUUCUCCAACACCCCCUGGAUGGAAGUCCACAUAAGGUGUUAUGUUGAAUACUUUUCCGUUGAUGCUUGUCCAACAAUCUUCUUUGGUUUUAUGUGACUUUAAUUCCUCUUUACUUAUCCUUAUAUAAUGAGGAGGAGGAGUUUGAGGUGGAACACCUCUCAUGACAUGCUUGGGUGUGUUUCUAUUCAAUGCUGCCCAGUCUAAAGGUGAAUGUCCAGGUUUUAGGGCAACCUUCUGUCUAGGCUGUCUCUGAGGG